AUGCGAAGUACGGUGUGAGGAAAUGCUUACACUUCGUCAGAAACGCGUCUUUCUUGAUGUCCUCAUCGACAGCGAGUAUACCGUCAUUUUUUCGUUGACAAGUCUGACUGGCUAACCUCUGAGUUGAAGAAAUCUUUACGGGAAGGUAGCAUUCUCCUCGAGGUGCGUUCCACUUGUCUUUGUUGUACGGUACCCAUUUUCUUUUACAGAAGCAAUUCGCUGAAAUAUUCAGUGAACAUGCUCUCACUAGUAGAAGAAUUGUCCAUACCCCAUUAUUCUAACUCUCGCCGUUAG